AUGGAGUUUGAGAGUGAUGAAGAAUCAUACGAAGAAGUAGAAGACCCAGGAAUGGAGCAUGGAGGUUCUAAUCAGCCAGGGCACCAAGCAGAUAUCAAAGACAUGCAUUAUGACGAAGCCUUCGACGUAGGAGACAGCGGAGAAGAAGAAGUCGAAAGUAAUCCAAGCGAAAAUAGUCCCGGUCAACAAGCGCAAGGCUCAUUCCAUGAAUCUGGCGGGAGUUCGGGGCGAUCAAAUGAAAUGAUGAUGCACCCCAACGCAUUCCAACAAAAGAACCAAGAAAACAUGAGCGAAGAAGCCUCAGAAGAACUCAACAUCAAAGGUGCUUACAAUCCUGCAGAGUACCAAAACUUAGCUGUUUCAGCUGAAGUAAAAGAGCUCUUUCAGUAUAUCCAGAGAUACAAACCUCAGCAAAUUGAGCUCGACACGAAGCUGAGACCUUUUGUCCCUGAUUAUAUCCCAUCUGUAGGAGAAGUCGACGCAUUUUUGAAAAUUCCAAGACCUGAUGGCGCACAUGAAGAUUUAGGACUAGUCACCCUCGACGAGCCAAAAUUAAACCAGACAGAUCCUGCACUGUUGGAAUUGAAGCUGAAACCGCUGAUCAAGAGACCUGGAACUGGUGGCGCUGGGGCUGCAGUUAGAUCGAUUGAAAACGCUGACAAAAAUCCCAAGAAAAUUACGACCUGGAUAUCAAACAUUGCUGAUGCCCAUCGCGUAAAGCCACCUCCAACAGUUAAUUAUUCAAAAAAUAUGCCAGAUAUUGACACUCUUAUGGAUGUUUGGCCUGCAGAAGUAGAAGACGCAGUGAAUGCACUAGAACUCCCUGGGCCGGAUUUGGAAGUUGACCUAGGAACUUAUGUGAGAAUUGUAUGUGCGAUAUUGGACAUUCCUGUGCAUAACUUGCCAAACAAUAAGAGUUUAGUUGAGAGUCUGCAUUUGCUGUUUACACUUUAUAGCAACUUUAAGAGUAACCAGCAUUUUAAACAAGACAUGGAGUACCAAAAUCGAGAAAUAAUAAAUACACCUCAGUAUUAA